CCGCCAUUUCCUGUCCAGCUCUGGGUGCGUCAGGGAUUCUGGUUCACAAUGGCUGACUAUCAAGAGGAAGACUUGCAGAAAUUUCUUAAAAAUGUAGACGAAAUCACCAAUUUAAUUCAGGAGAUGAACUCUGAUGACCCAGUCGUACGAGAGAAAGCUGUCCUUGAGACAGAAAAGAGACUGCAGUUUACAGAGGAAGACCAAGAGGAGGACGAGUGCAGGACCACCGUGAACAAGACCAUGAUCAGUCCUCCACAAGCUCCCACAAAGAACACAGACGAAAUAAACACAGAGGCCUUCUUGGCAUCUAUGGAGAAGGAUGCAAAAGAACGUGCCAAAAGAAGAAGGGAAAACAAAGUCUUAGCAGAUGCCCUAAAAGAAAAGGGGAAUGAGGCAUUUGUCAAAGGUGAUUAUGAAACAGCCAUCCUGUGCUACAGUGAGGGUUUGGAGAAGCUGAAGGACAUGAAAGUACUGUACACCAACCGAGCCCAGGCUUAUAUCAAACUUGGGGACUACCGGAAGGCACUGGUGGAUUGUGAGUGGGCUCUGAAGUGUGAUGAAAAAUGCACAAAAGCAUAUUUCCACAUGGGAAAAGCCCACCUGGCCCUAAAGAACUACAGUGUGUCUAGAGAGUGUUAUCAGAAGAUCUUAGAAAUAAACCCCCAGCUGCAGACACAGGUGAAAGAUUACCUGAAUCAGGUAGAUCUUCGGGAGAAAGCAGACCUUCAAGAGAAGGAAGCCCAGGAAGCACUGGAUUCAGGAAUGAACACAGCCGUGACGACCAAGAAUCUUCUGGAGAUUCUUUCCAAGCCUGAUCAGAUCCCCUCAUUCUAUGCAGGGGGAAUUGAAAUCCUGACUGACAUGAUGAAGGACUGCACGGAACGCACUUUAUUCAGAACACACAAUGGAUUCAGUAUCAUCAGUGAGAAUGAGGUCAUAAGAAGGUGCUUUUCCACAGCAGGAAAAGAUGCAGUGGAAGAGACAGUAUGCAUGUCUGUUCUCAGGCUCUGGCAAGCGGUGUGCAGUGAGAACGAGGAGAACCAACGCCUACUUGUGCUGCGUCCCGACACGGGCCAGCUGCUGCCCUCCCUCUUGGCCUCCAGGGUCCCGAACAUCCGGCAGCAGACCCUGGCCCUGCUGCUGCAGCUCGCCCAGACGGAGAAUGGACGGACCCUGAUCAUGGGGCACCUUGACCUGACCGGGUUGUUGGAAGCCCUCGUGUCAUUUCUUGAUUUCUCAGAUAAAAAGGCCAACUCAGCCAUGGGACUGCUCACAGACUUGGCUCUGGAAGAAAGAUUCCAAGUCUGGUUCCAGGCCAGCCUUCCGGAUGUUCUCCUGGCACUGACGGGCGUGCUGAAGAGAGAUCCCAAGGUCACCAACACCUCAGCUCUCUGCCAGUGUAUUGCCGUUAUGGGAAACCUCAGCGCUGAGGCUGCCACCCGAAGACAGAUGUCUGCCUCUGAAGAAUUCAGGGAUGCCUGCUUGGGCCUCGUGGCCAAGUGUGAGGAGGAUAUGGACCUGUUCAGAGAGGUCAUGUAUACCCUCCUGGGACUCAUGAUGAACUUGUGUCUUCAGUCCCCCUUUGUCUCUGAGGUUUGGGCCAUGGAGGUGAGCAGGAAGUGCCUGUCUCUACUGAACAGCCAGGAUGGAGGAAUCCUCACAAGAGCUGCUGGCAUUCUUAGCCGCACCCUUGCUUCCUCUCUGAAAAUUGUUGAGGAGGCCCUCAGAGCAGGAGUGGUGAAGAAAAUGAUUAAAUUCCUGAAGGCAGGAGGCCAGACUGCGUCACGUUAUGCGGUAAAGAUACUCGCCAUCUGCACUAAUAGUUAUCACGAAGCGCGAGAAGAGCUGAUAAGACUGGAUAAAAAGCUCGGCGUCCUGAUGCAGCUGCUGGGCUCGGAGGAUGAGAUUCUGGUGGGCAACGCCACCCUCUGCCUGGGGAACUGCGUGGAGGUGCCACACGUGGCCUCGUCCCUGCUGACCACGGACAUCGUGCCGGUCUUGCUGAAGCUCGCGGGCGGCGACGCGCAGAAGACGGCCGUGCAGCUGAACGCGGGCAUCGCCCUGGGGAAGCUGUGCACGGCCGAGCCCAGGUGCACGGCGUGGCAGGGAGCCCAGCUGCUUCUCUGGAGGAAGCCCCCCCACCCCCAGGGCACUGGGGAGAGCUCAGGCUGCAGCCGGAGAGGGAACACGGUUAUGGGACAGGGAUCUUUCCGGGCACCGACGGCCGUCGUCUUCUCUCUGUUCCAUUCCCGCGGUCUCCUCCAGCCUCUCCUCUUUCUACCCCUCCUCCCUCUCCCUCUCACACCAUCUCCCCUUCUCUCUGUCUCCUUUCUCUCUCCUCUGCUUUUCCAGAAACAGACCUCCCCCGCUUCAUUUUUUUUUUUUUUUUUUUUUUUUGCUUGGGACCUAAGCGUAUGGGAGAAUGUCCUGUAGGGUAAGCUCUUGCACUGGAGAAAACAGACGAGGUUGGGGAGCGGCAUGAUUAAGGCCACCCAACAAGCUCGGACAGGAGCCUGCGCUUGACCUGGGUAUCGUGCCUCUCUCAGCUCAGGCUUCCGUCCCGCUCUGCCCCGAUCUGAGGCGCUGGAACGCCUGGUCCUCGUGUUCCUAGAAGGUGCCCACCUGUGGCUGAGCGUGGUGCCCUGGCCCAGGAGGGGUGCCUUCCAUGGUGGGGAGGGCCUCUGGCCUGCCUGCUUCCUUCUCGCACAGCCUCCCCCUCCCACCCCUCCUCUGGAGAAUGAGAGGGUGGGCCUGGAUGACGUCUACGGUCUUUUCGAGUUCCGUCUGAUUGUUCAAAUGGAAGGAAUGGAUAAAAUCUUUCUUCUGCAGAAAGCAAAGCACAUCAGCUAGGAUGGGCUCGCUGUGGCAACCUGCUGGGGAGCUCCCGAGAGCAGGUCCCGCAGGUCCCUGUCACAUCUGCCACUCACACGGCGAGUGUUGCCGUGUUUUGUGGGCCUCCUGAGGGUCU